AUGACGGACAACAUUAACAACACAAGUGACUCUAGUAUCCUGGAAAACACGUCCUUUAUUUGGAGAUUUAUCGCUGGAACCGUUGUUAUGUUCAUUGGAUUUAUAGGGAAUUUGACAACUUGUCUCGUCAUUAUAUUUUCUAGAAAACUUCACACACCGACUUACACGGCUAUCGCGUUGCUAGCUUUGUCCGACCUGUUGGCUCUCACUGUGCGUUAUGUGGACACAUUUUAUGAUUUAUACAUGGACGUAUUUUUCGAUGUUUAUUACAUAAUCUGGGGAUUCGUCUACUUCGCUAUCCACGCAUCUUGUGCUCAUAUUGUUCUGCUUUUUUAUGUUCGGUACCGUCUCGUUGUUUCACCACUUUUGUCCUUAAGCAGAUUUAAACCUGCGCGAGUGUUGCGUAUUUCCUGUUUCCUGUGGGCUUUGAGUAUCAUCUUUGGGUACAGCUAUGGUUGUUUUAGCUACUAUGUGGAUGUCGCAGAGACCGGAAGUAAACCGGUGACCCUGUCCACUGCAUACAUCGUGGAUGGAGUCAUUGCACUUUCUCUUAUGGUCCUUCCGAUCUGCAUCAUCAUGCUUUUUCAUUUCAAGAAAUUUGUUAUUAUCAGACUUUCAAACUCCUCGUCCGCAGUACGUUUGUCAAAUCAGAUGACCAUCAUCGUUGCGAUGAUAAUCGUUAUUCAUUGCGCCAGUAUUUUACCGUUUUGUCUUUAUGCGUGGCUAGAGGUGUAUUUGCAGAUUAAGAAAGAAGCUCUAGCUAUCGAUACCAAACUGUUCCGUGACAUUAGCAUUGCGAUGUUUUUCCUUAAUCACACAAUCAACCCAAUCAUUUACUUUGUCUGGUCCAUGAGGAGGAGAGGCAACACUUCACCCAGACGACGGAUUACAAGUCCUGGGAUCAGAAGUGUCUCCGGGAGUGUCUCGGAAACUAGGGAUUCUGUUUUUAGUCAUUUAAAUUAA